GGCAGAUGAAAAAGAAAGCAAGGAGGUCAUUCAGAGAGGAGAGAGAACCCCGGGGCUGGGAGUGGUGACAGCAAUGACAAGGAAAAGUGACCCUAAAGAGGGGGGCACACAGAGAAAUCAUCACACCUCUACUAUAUUCCUUAUUCUCUCCGGGAAUUCCCAAUCAUAACAGGUCACUGAGGAAGGACAAGCCAAAAAAUAUCUUUAAAAGUUUUUUGUCUUGCUUGCAGUAGAACCCAUGCAUCCAUGAGAGGGAUAACCUCGCUGGUGAGUGGAAUCAUGUGGCCUUCUUGUGAUGUCAACUGUGCUCAGAAUGUUUAUCGUCUAGACAACCCAACCAGCCUCUUGGGAGCAGGUGUGUGCUCUUCAUACCCUACGGUUGUCAGAAUAUGGAGAACUUCUCACUCCUCAGCAUUUCUGGACCUCGAAUCUCUUCCUCUGUCCUGAGCACUUUUCCUGAUAUUAUGUCCUCACGUGCCACCAGCUUGCCAGACAUUGCAAAGACUGUGUUCCCCACUGAGGUGUCCAGCCCCGCUCAGGCCCUGCUGCCCCAGUACCAAGGCAGCAGUCUCCAGCAUGGGGUGCACAACAGCGUGCUCUCACCAGACUGCAUCUUGGGGGACCCCCAGAACGGGGAGCAGCUGAGGCGGAACUGCACCAUCUACCGGCCCUGGUUCUCCCCUUACAGCUACUUUGUGUGCACGGACAAAGAGAGCCACCUGGAGACCUACAGCUUCCCAGAGGUGCAGCGGGACGAGGGCAGGGGGGACAACUGCCUUCUGGAGGACAUGGCUGAGAGCAUCUGCUCGUCCUCUUCCUCCCCAGAGAACGUCUGCCUCCGAGAGGCCACCAAGAAAUCCAGGCACGGCCUGAACUCCAUGGACUACAUCACAUCCCAGGAUAUCCUCAUAGCCUCCAGGUGGCACCCUGUCCAGCAGAGCGGCUACAAGUGUGCAGCCUGCUGCCGCAUGUACCCGACGCUGCACUCGCUCAAGAGCCACAUCAAGGGGGGCUUCAAGGAGGGCUUCAGCUGCAAGGUGUACUACCGCAAGCUCAAAACCCUCUGGGGCAAGGAGCAGAAGGCCCGGCCAGGAGACAGGCUCUCCUCAGGCAGCUGCCAGGCCUUCAAGUAGCGUGUCGGCAGCUGUCUUGCUGGUGGACACUUCAGGUAAAGAGGGGCUGCUGCUUAUUUAUCUCUAGAGAGAUGUCAAUAAACCAAAGUUAGUGACAGCCUUCUGUGAAGUCUGAGGCCACCCUGUACCACUUUGUCCUUCCCAGUCCCUGUGUCCCCAUCCCAUUCCCCUGCUGCUACCACUUGCCCAGCAACACUAGGCCCACCUCCCUGCCUCCUUCCAACACCCCCCCCCCCGAUGCUUUUAAAAGACAAUACCUGAAGUUUGAGGAUAUCCUCUGAAACGGUGGUUUUUCAAAGUGAGGUGCCCAGAUCAGCGGUGUCAGCAUCCCCUGGGAAUUUGCUAGAAAUGAAAUUCUCAGACCCCUCUCAGACCUACUGCAUCACAAACUUCAGACCUACUGAAUCACAACUCUGGGAGUGGGCCCCAAAAUCUGUGUUCCAACU